GAUAUCCCGAAUGCAAUUCGCCAUUUUCUUUUCCAAGAAGUGAAAAGGAUGGAAAUAUUUUAGCAUGAUGAAUAUUGUGUUUUAAGAUUCAGCUGAGAAAAAUUUGAACCAAGGAUUUGACCAAACCUAGCUCAAUGAGAGUUCUGGAGUCAGGGGCGACACCGUCGUACAACAUGGGAAAGAACAAGAAGCACAAACUUCGUAAGACCAAAGACGUGUCUGACUCCUCAGAUGAUGCAUUAGCAGUGCCUAGCUGUAACCACAUUAAUAUGGCAGUAAAUGUAGCAGCCAUGAAGAAGGGGUUAGGGAAACAAGUGUAUGGAGAGUGUGCUUCUUGUACCAAUGAAACUCCGCGCAAAACCGCCCCUGAGGGAGACUCGAGCCAGGGGGCAGAGGCUGCUCCUGCACUCCUUGACACAGAGCCAACACUCUGGGUGUGCUUACAGUGUGGAAAUCAAGGCUGUGACCGUAACUCUAGAGAUAAGCAUGCAUUGAAGCAUUACGAGACACCACGCUCCAGUUGUCACUGUUUGGUCAUCAACACUACUUCUUGGACUGUAUGGUGUUACAAGUGUGAUGAUGAGGUCCAGUUAGAACAAAGUAAGAGGCUACAGGAGAGUGUGGACAUCAUUAGGAAACAGGCAGGGCUUCCCCAGGCAGAACCAGUCCGUAAGCAGAGUCAGUCAGUGAGCUCUACGUCCGUUGUGGAACAAGCCUUUAAACCAUCCACCUCUACACCAAGGUCAUCAGGAAUGUGUUCCAAGGUCAAGGGAUUGAGUAAUCUUGGAAACACAUGCUUUUUUAAUGCUGUUAUGCAGAAUUUGACACAAACCCCAUGUAUAGAGUCUGUGGUAGUAGAGAGAAGUAAGAAGGGGCGGUUGAGUUCAUUGUCCUGUAAGCGGGACAGUGACCUAGAUUCUAGCUCAGGGUCAGAGGACAGUGAUGAUGAAGCUUCAAUAGAUCUAUCUCCAAUAGAGAUCGUUCUACCAGAAGCUGGGCCUCUGACACAGACCAUGAUAGCAUUUCUACAGGAGAUGAACAACUCCACAGGACGCGCGAGUACUGUCAACCCAUCACCAUUGUUCACUCAGAUCUGUAAAAAAGCCCAAAGAUUUCGAGGCUUUCAGCAGCAGGACAGCCAUGAACUUCUUCGCUACCUGCUGGACAACAUGAGAACGGAGGAAAUAAAGAGAGGACAGGCUGGAAUAUUGAAGCAUUUCAAGCUGCCAGAAAAUGUGAAUCCAAAGAAAGUGGAUGAUGACACUAAAAUCAAGAUCAAAGAAUAUGGUCGUCAAGUGAAGUACACCUUUGUGGAUUCCUUGUUUGGGGGAUACCUAAUGAGCACUGUCACCUGUGAGGAGUGUAAAAAUAUAUCACAGAUAUUUGAACCAUUUUUGGAUUUGUCACUCCCAGUCACAGAGGAAAAACCCCAGCGACCCAAUCAGAUGUCAGGGGGACGCAAGAAAGACAGCGUGAGCUCGGAACACCAAGAGGACACUGUUGUAGAACACAUUGAUAGACCAAGCAAACAUCUAGAUAAGAAGCUCAAGAAACAGGCAAAAAAGGAGGCCAAGAGGAAAGCCAAGGUCUCUAAAAAUCAGGUGUCUCCUUCGGAUGAUGCUGAUACAGCAAAGUUGGAAGAGGAGGUUGACCACGAUGGGGCAGAGAAGGAAGAGGAUGGCGUCACGAAAGACCAGGAGGAGGAGUCAAGCAGUCGGGAGGACCCCUCAGAUGCUGAUAUUGAAGAUAACCUAGAAAGUGAUACCUCAAGAUGUUUUAGUAAACUCAGUCUGGAGACUUCCAUGACAGAACUCUCUCCAUCUUCUCAGGAAAACAUGGGUGUGGAUCCGACAGGAAAUCAGGGAGUGGAUGGGAGUAUGUCAAGCAGCAACACAGAUACUCUAACCUCAGGAACCAGUGGAACUAGCACCUCAACAAUCAAACAGGAUGUCAAUGGGGAGGUGCAGGAAACAAGAACCACUCAAAACCACAAUGAACAUGGGGACCUUCUCAACAAUGGGGACCUCGAAAAUAAAGGGGACCUUAACAUGAAGAAGGCACCGGUGCUGAAUGGUCAUUGUGAAAAUCCAUUGUCUGAGACUGUGUGCUGUCUGACUAAUGGUAGAGAAAAUAGUGAUAUGGAGAAUGGGGAAUGUAUUGAUGAUCGUAAUUCAGUUGGUACAGAAUGUAACAUUGGAAUUCCAAAAGUUAAGCAUAUAUCAAAUAAUGAUAGGGUGGGCUGUGAUAGGACUUGUUGUGAUAAAGAUGACUCUCUGACUCAGAAUGGAGGUCAUCAAAUCAAGAAUGAUAUAAACAGUGAGUUAAAGAAAUCCCAUUCCAGAAAUAGCAGUGCAAGUGAAAUGACAGCAAAGCUAGGGAAUAUGAUUUUAGAGGACACUACCCCAGUCAGUAAUAGGGACGAUUGCCAUAAAGAGAACGGAGUCCACGAUCCUGUGUGUGGUGGAUCAAAUUGUGAGAAAGGAAGCACCAACAAUCCUCCCCAACACCAUUCCAAACCUGAGAAAGAAAUCAAGAAGGAGGCACUAGUCAGGUCAAAGGUCACGCUGGGGGUACGGUACCACCCGACUUCCAGGGAAUGUACCGUCAUGUCCUGCAUACAUCAGUUCACCUCUGCUGAACUCUUGACAGGCAACAACAAGUUUGGAUGUGCCAAGUGCACGCAAAUGAAAUUCAAGCAAGGUCUCAGCAAAGAUAAGAAGGAGAAAGUCUAUUCCAAUGCAGCAAAGCAGUAUUUGAUAUAUACUCCUCCAGCAGUGCUAACGUUACACCUUAAGCGAUUUGAACAGGUUGGUUUCAGCUCCCGCAAGGUAAACAGACAUGUGGACUUCCCCUUUGUCCUGGACUUGGCCCCCUUCUGUAGCUCAUUAUGCCAGGGGGUCAGACCAGGCCAGAAAAAAAUUCUGUAUGCUCUCUACGGAGUAGUGGAACAUAGUGGCAGACUCAAUGCCGGUCACUACACCGCGUACGUCAAAGUCCGACCAAACAUUGGAAUCAUCACAGACUUCCUCAACGCUGGACCGCCCACAUUGAAAGACUGCACCAAGCGCUACCUGGAGGUCCAGAACAGCACUGCCAGUCUGGAGGAACAGGAAGAGAGUAUAGUGGAGCGACUGGUACCGCCUGGCAAGUGGUACCAUAUCAGCGAUAGUCGAGUGAGUGAGACCACAGAAUCUACGGUCCAACGAGCACAGGCCUAUCUUCUCUUUUACGAAAGAAUUUAUUAACCAUACUUCAUUCAUAUCAGUAACAAAUUUUAUUUUAAAGAUUUUUAUAUUUGAAUUUGAAAGAUGAUUUAUGAGAAAGAUAUCUUUGUUUCUGAGCACUUUUGAAUUUGCUAAUAACAGAGAACCAUUUGGGGAAAAGGUUACUAAAAACAAGUUUAUUACCAUUAACUUUACUGGAAAGGGAUUUUGAUAUUUUUUAUGUGUAUGUUUUGUUAUGGGUGCUCCUGUGUACAGGAAUGUAUUGAGUGCAAGAUGACUUGUAUAUGCUCAUGGAAAUCUGUGAAAAAUGAUUGUUGGUGCAAAAGAUGAAAGAAAUCUUCAAAGUUUCUUAUGAUAUUCUGCUUUACUUAAAAAAAAAAACCCAUACAUUUUUAUUAGCAAAUUGCUUAUGUCCCAUGGCCUAGUUAAUCUGCCUUUGUGUUUAAUAUUCAAAUUUAUAAUUAGAUUAUUCACAGUAAAUUCCUCAUAUGCUUAAGAGUAUAUGAAUUCUGUGAUGCAUUGAUUUUUAUGUCCAACUGCAUUUGAAUUGCUUGAUUAAAUGUAAAUCAAUUCAUUGACAAUAAAGGCACAGUACUUUAUGUAAAAGUAUAGGGAUAGUUAUUGUUUAAUACCUGCAUUUAGCUAUGCAUCUCAAUAAUUUGAUACAAAUGCAUUGCUUUAUUUUACUUUUUACAUUUUACCUAGGAGUAGGAAAAUUUACAUGAGAGUUAGACAAAGUGAACAGUCUUUGUGCUGUCAAAAAUUCUUUAUCUUGUAUACCAUUGUAUACUCAGUCUCUGGAUACCAGCAUUUAUUAUAUUUGUUCCGUUUUGGUUACUGGUAAACAUUUUACUGGUGGGAAUAUUAUCUUCUGUUCAAACAGUGGAAACUUUUUCUUUCUAAAUGAGUUUCUAGCUAUGCUAGAGAUUAUGUAUUGGAGGAUGAAUUCAUUCUACAAACAUGUUGAUUUUGUGUUGUUAUUACUGAUCUUGUUUGAUACCUGAAUAAACAGCAAUCUGAAAUCUUAA